CAUCCAAAGUUUCCUUUUUUGUUUUUGCUCUUUUAAUCGGUUUUAUCUAUAUUCUGGUGGAUCCUCCUCACCCGAAACCAAAAAGAAUGAAUGGUUUGACAAAUAUGAGACAUGAAGGCUCCGAUGCUGGGCACUGUCUUGCUCCUGUGUUUAAUGAAGUGAAGGACCUGAAAGAUGGAACUGAAUUGCUCGGGGGCCUUGGGCCGCACUUACAGACCCGUUUUGUCUCCGGAGAGGGGAGAAAGCAGCGGUCAGAAGGUUCCGGAAAAUGAAUAACCCAGAGUCCCUCGCUGAGAGGAAAACAGCGCACAAGAUGCACUUAAAUCGAGAUCGAAGAGGACAUUUAUUUUCAAAUGGAACAGGCCUGCUGCACUACUGCAAAAGAACAAGGUUUGUGUUUGCGGCUGAAAACCAGAUUUACACAAUUAUAACAGAAUUACAAACACAGGUCUGCCCUCCCGUAAUCAGUUUAAAUGUAUGAUCUCGACACUGACAUGGUCAAAUCUCACUGCACAGGCAAAGAGAGACGCAGGUGUAGAAAAUCUUCAAAUAAUGUGCCUCAGGUAUACGAACAGCUACAGAGAAAGCUACUAUAAAAUAUUGAUAUUACUCUAAUUCAUGUGCACAGGGACAUUGCCAGUCUCCAGUGCGGACUAACUAAUGAAGGGUAGCACUAUAAAAGCUGCACAUUACUUCUCACAUAUCCAUUUUAGCUCAGGUAAUUGAUUCGGUGGUAUCAUAGCAACAAGUGUCCGUCUGGGCCGAGAACAUGUGAGAGAUCCGAGUAUGAUAAUGAAUACUGUCACGUAUUUUUUUUUUUUUUUAUGCUUUCCCCCGAAUUGAAUGUAGGCCACAAAGCCUCCCACACAGCUGACAUCUGAAUCCAAAGAAGCGCUGCAAAGAUGAACAGUUGAGUUCAACGUGUUCAAAAAAACAUCACAUUUGUUAAGAGGGAACACGCGGCCCUGACUCCUCAGCCUCCAACAUGUGAGAUGGUAAAAUUAACAUGUCCCUUUGUGAUCUUUUGUCAUGAGGGAUUUCAAUAUAUGAAAGAAAUUUCUACUUGAACAAGAUCCGUUUCAAAAAGCAUGUUGCAAGCCGCAUAUUUGCACGUGAAUUAAAAUGAUAAAUGUACCAAACAAGAGCAUUUACAAUCCUGUUUUAAAGAUAUAAUGUGUAACAUUUCCAAAUUCAAAUGUCCAUAAACAUGUUGAUCUCUGGUAUAACAAAAGUCUCAACAGGGAUCAGAUGAACUCUUAUUCUGGGCGUCAAACUGAUGUCCACUGAAAUUAUCGAACUCAUUAGACAUCUUAAGACGUGGUCAAGUAAUUCAUUUCAGAAAUGUGAGCUGAAGCUUUCGAUCAUCUAAGGUCUUCAUCAGCAGACAGAGUAAGAUCAUCAGAGCGUCUGCUAGAUGAACUCCAAGCUUUGUCACCUCAAACUCAAGACCAUGAAUUUCCUUCACAUUAAGGUAAUAUUCACUUCAUUUAUGUGGAAUUUUGGCAAAACAUUUAGAAUUUUGUAUUUUCAAUAGAAACAAAUCAGAAAUGUCUUGACACUUUUGAUUGUAAGGGGGAUUUUUUUAACGAAUUUUACGAACAAAUUUGUUUGUUUUCCUCUGUUGAACUAUUCUGACGUUAACUAAAGAUUGAUGGGGAAAUAUGUAAGAAUGGACCAGCUGUUGAAGUCAUAAUCAACAAACAGGGGUUAGUAUAACACCAGAGUGCCUGCUAACUGUAGCUGCAGUGGGCUGGUUAGCUCAGUUAGCUGUGCAUCUAGCGGUCCCAGACUGGGAUCUUAGAGCACUGGAGGAGCGAUGAUGUUUACACUGUCAUGACAGGAGCCUUGGACCAGGACGAGCCUGGGCUAGCUGGUUAGCACGCUAAGUUUGUUAGAUUUCUCUGCAACACUGUACAGAUGUCAUGAUGUCAAGAACUGUUACUUAUUCACAUUCUGUUGAUCAUUUUAGUUCAUUUCUUUUUUGUUUUCAACAGAAAUUCUUACACAUUGCACCUUUAAAUGAUAUUGUAUUAAUUCUAACAUGCAAUUCAGAUCCAGUCAACUUUUUGUUUCAGCUGCAGUAUAACACUUCGCUGUAGCUGCUCUAUUGAUCUGAAAAUCAAUACCUCUGCACAAAAUCAGCACAUUUAAUCAGCUGCUGUAACUCUCGGCAGUAAUUAACAGGCAACACACACCAUCAACAAGAGAGUGUGAGAUGAAGGAUUCAUGGAGAGCUGAUUGAUCACGCAGAACACGUGCAGAGAGAUAUCGAGUGUUUUCUGUUUGCAAAAAAGAAUUUUAAGUAAAGUCUCUUCUUUCGCCGUUGUUUUGUUUGUUCUUUUACUCUCCUCCACAUGCAUGAGUGUCUGUGAUUGGCUUCAGAGAGAGAGGGAGACACUGCUCGCUCCUUAUUGGCUGGGUGCAGAAGGGGGCAGGUGCUGUGUGUGAACAUAAAUAGAGAGUGCAGCCUAACAGCAACGUUCAUCUGCCAUCAUCCUCUCUGACACCGCAGCAUCCACCAGCCCCAUCACUGACUUCAGAGCCAGUUAUCAGACAAGACAAAAAAGAGGAGGAGAAAGGUAACGCAACAACGGGAGAUUCUUCUGUGCAGUGUUCAGGAGAAAAAGAGCAGCAGGAACUCAUCAUGUCUUUUGAAGUGAAGGAGAAGACAGACGUGCGUCUGGUGUUUUUGGGAGCAGCUGGAGUGGGGAAGACGGCCCUCAUCCAACGCUUCCUCAAAGACACUUUUGAGCCCAAGCACCGGCGCACGGUGGAGGAGCUCCACAGGAAGGAGUACGAGGUGGGUGGCGUCAAAGUCACCAUCAGCAUCAUGGACACCAGCGGCAGCUACUCCUUCCCCGCCAUGCGGAAGCUCUCCAUCCAGAACAGCGACGCCUUCGCCCUGGUCUACGCCGUGGAUGACCCCGAGUCCCUGGAGGCGGUGAAGAGUCUGCGGGAGGAGAUCCUGGAGGUCAAAGAGGACAAGUACACGCCCAUCGUGGUAAUAGGCAACAAGAUAGACCGCCACAACGAGCGCCAGGUGUCAAGCAAGGACGUGCUGUCCACAGUGGAGCUGGACUGGAACCACAGCUUCCUGGAGUCCUCAGCCAAAGACAACGUCAACGUGCUGGAGGCUUUCAGGGAGCUGCUCCAGCAGGCCAACCUGCCCAGCUGGCUCAGUCCAGCGCUGAGCCGGAGACGGGAAACCUUCCCCAAGGAGAGCAGCAAACGUCCUCCUAUGAACAAGACCAACAGCUGCCUCAUCUCAUAAUGAUGCGGGGUCAACACCAAAAGACACUGAGAGAAAAAAACUGACUCCAAAACAGCCUGAAAGGGCUUUGUCAGCGGAGAGAGACAAACAACAACAUGUGUAAAAACUUGACUGAGACACUGAGGCAGGCAUUGAAGUCUCCCUGUCAGGCAUGAAAGCAAGACACAGAACCCCACAGCAGAACAGGAAGCACGGAGAUGCUGCAAUGGUGAAACCAGAUCCCAACUUAAAGACUCAAAGAAUGCAAUCGGACAGUCUGAAAGGCGACACACAAGAAACUGCACAGAAAUGUACUCACUUAAGACAAAGAAACAAUGCAACAAAUCGUGACAGUGCAGACGUCAUGACCUCGGCUUCGACCCAAAAGCAUUUGUGAUGUUUUGUUUUUUGUAUUUUUGUGUCGCUGAUGUUGAAAAAAGUGCAAUAACUGUGAAGUGAUGCAAAAGUCUGUUUACAUAAAGUUGUUUUUAUGAAUCGAGUGGACCACAGAAGGAGAAUUGAACCAAGAAAUGAUGUAUAUACAGUUUAAUAUCAUCAUCACAUCAAAUCUGCGAAUUUUUUGCAGCCUGUCCUGCGCUGAACUCCCAAACACUGCUCCACAAACCUCAUGUAAACCCUGAUCUCACUAAUACUUGCUGUGCUUUUUAUCUUUUUCCUCUCAUUGUUUGACCAAUUUUCUUUUUGUAAGGGGGUUUGCCUUCUUACAUAACUUGACCAACGUGUCUGUACAUUGAAAUUUUGUAUUUUCUUUUCACCAUGACAAUUAAAAAGAUGUUUGAUGAGUUCUUUGUUCUUGUCCAGUGCUUAUUUGAGAUAAAUGAAACUGUUUUUUUUUCCUUAUACCUCUAGUCACCCACUCUACAUAACAAUAUGCAGGAUUUUGCAGAUUUCCUUUGUCGUGUUUGCUGAUCACACUUUUCAUGACGUGACAGUGCAGACGGAAAGGAAGUGUGUGUGAGGAAUGGUAUAUAGAUCAUGUAAAUAAUGACGUCAUACUUAAUUAUAAUGCAGGUGAAACAAAGCUUGCAUGUUCUGACAGGAAAACACAUUCUAAAGUCUCUAAAUGUCUCUAAAAGCCUCUAUUACACAUAAAUAUAAUACUGUACACAAUGUAAACCUCUUUAAAUUGCAAACACUUCCGUCAGAGCACGUGGAUCUGAAUGGUGUUUUAAAGGUGCACUUUGUAAUUUUGGGGAUGGAAACUGUCUUGGAAACUGUUUUCAUGACUCA